AUGGCUGCUGAAGAGCAGCAGACGGUGCCAACCACGGCCACCGCCGGAGCAACUGAUGCCGUCACCACCGCCAAUCCAAUCACCACCACCACCUCGGCCGACACCUCUUCGAGCAACGCCUCCUUUGAGGGCUACUGGGGCGAUGCCGACGCUGGCGGUCCUGUCCGCCGGGAAUCAGCCCGCCAGGGCUACAACGACCUCCAGCGGGAGCUGAGCCGGCAUGCCAGCAACACGUCCGGCGUAUCCAAAGCCAAGAGCCACACCGCCGCUGGUCGCAGUGGUGGUCUGUUGUCGGCGCUGCGCAAACGGCCGAGCCGCGCGCCCGACGUCGAGGCUGACAGCCAGGCGACCAAGCACCACGACGACGACUUUCAGCUCGACGAGUUUAUGCGCCAGGGUCACCUCGAGAAGCGGCACCCAGAGAGCGGCGAGUCGACCAAAAAGGUCGGCGUCGUCUUCAAGAACCUGACGGUCCAGGGCGCCGCCAUGAGCGCCAUGACGGUCCGCACGCUGCCGCAGGCUAUCCUCGGCACCUUUGGCCCAGACCUGUACGGCCACCUCACGAAGCUCAUUCCGGCGCUCAACUUCGGCAAGGGGAGCGGUCCCGAGAUUCGCGACCUGAUCCACGACUUUACCGGCGUCGUCCGCCCGGGCGAGAUGAUGCUCGUGCUUGGCCGCCCCGGCGCUGGCUGCACCACCUUCCUCAAGGCCAUUGCCAACAACCGACAGGGCUAUGUCGCCGUGACGGGCGACGUGCGCUACGGCGGCAUCGACGCGGCCGAGAUGGACCGCCGGUACCGCGGCGAGGUCGUCUACAACCCGGAAAACGACCGCCACCUGCCGUCCCUCACCGUCGGCCAGACGCUCGAGUUCUCCCUGCGCACCAAGACGAAAAAGGCUGACAGCGGCCGCAUCGGCCUCAUCGUCGACGCGUUUCUGCAGAUGUUUGCCAUUGCCCACACCAAGAAUACAAACGUCGGCGACGAGUACACGCGCGGCGUGUCGGGCGGCGAGCGCAAGCGCGUGUCCAUUGCCGAGACGCUGGCGACCAAGUCGACCGUCACCUGCUGGGACAAUUCGACGCGCGGGCUCGACGCCUCGACGGCGCUCAACUAUGCACGCUCGCUGCGCGUCAUGACGGACGUGUCAGAUCGCACCACGCUCACCACACUGUACCAGGCCGGCGAGGGCAUCUACGAGCUCAUGGACAAGGUGCUCGUGUUGGACCAGGGCCGCAUGCUCUACCAGGGCCCCGCGACAGAGGCCCGCCAGUACUUCGUCGACCUCGGCUUCUUCGCGCCCCCGCGCCAGACCACGGCCGACUUCUUGACGUCCGUCUGCGACGUCAAUGCCCGCCGCUUCCGCGACGGCUGGGCGGACCGCUGCCCCAAGACGCCCGUCGAGCUCGAGGCCGCGUUUCGCGCCAGCGCGGCGUACAAGAGCGUUCUGGCCGACGUCGCCGACUACGAGCGCCACCUGGCUGCGACCAGCCACGUCGACGCCGAGACAUUUCAGCAGUCCGUCCAGGAAGCCAAGUCGCGCACCGUCCUGCAACGCUCCAACUACACCGUCAGCUACUGGCGCCAGGUGCUCGCGUGCACCCGCCGCGAGUUUUGGCUGCUCUGGGGCGACAAACAGACCCUGUACACCAAGUUUGGCAUCAUCAUCAGCAUGGGCCUCAUUGUCGGCUCCCUCUUUUACGAUAUCCCCAGCGACACCUCUGGCCUCUUCCUGCGCGGCGGCGCCGCCUUCUUCUCCAUCCUCUUCCUCGGCUGGCUCCAGCUGUCGGAGCUCAUCCGCGCCAUUGCUGGCCGCGACGUCAUUGAGCGCCACAAAGAGUAUGCCUUUUACCGCCCCUCGGCUGUCAAUUUUGCCCGUAUCCUCGCCGACUUUCCGCUCCUAUUUGUUGAGGUUGUGGUAUUUGGUGUCAUUCUGUACUUUAUGUGCAAUUUCGAUCUCGACGCUGGCAAGUUCUUCAUCUACUUGCUGUACAUCUACACGACGACUAUUUGCAUCACGGCGCUGUACCGCAUGUUUGCCGCCCUCAGCCCUUCCAUUGACGAUGCCGUUCGCUUCUCCGGUAUCACGUUUAACCUGCUCCUCAUCUUUACCGGCUAUGCCAUCAGCAAGCCGACGCUAAUCAGCAAAAAGAUUUGGUUUGGUUGGUUUUACUACAUCAAUCCCGUGUCGUACGCCUUUGAGGGUGUCAUCUCCAAUGAAUUGUCCAGCCGCAAUAUGCAGUGCGCUCCCAGCCAGCUUGUGCCGCAGGGCCCCAACAUCCUGCCCGAGAACCAGGGUUGUGCUGUUCCCGGUUCAGCCGCCGGCGCCGCCACUGUCAAUGGUGCCGACUACCUCAGUGCAAACUACGACUAUCACCGCUCCAACCUCUGGCGCAACUGGGCCGUUCUGAUUGCCUUUUCGGUCCUAUACAUUCUCGUCACCGUCUUGGCGACCGAGACCAUUUCGUUUGCCACGUCUGGCAUGGGUAUCCUCGUCUUCAAGAAAUCCAAGGCUGGUGCCGCUGCCGCCAAGAAGACGAAAGAAGGCGACGAAGAGUCUGGCAAGAAGGAGGCACAAGGCAGUGACAAUCUCCGGCGCCAAAUCACAACCCCCGACGAGAUUCUGCAAGAGUUCCAGCGCAGCGAAAAGAUUUUUACGUGGGAAAACGUCAACUACACCGUUCCCAGCGCUGAUGGCCCCAAGAAGCUUCUCAACAACGUGCAAGGUUAUGCCAAGCCCGGGGUCAUGGUUGCGCUCAUGGGCGCUUCCGGCGCGGGCAAGACGACGCUCCUCAACACGCUAUCGCAGCGGCAGACGGUCGGCGUCGUCGAAGGCAGCAUGCUUGUCGACGGCACCGCGCUGCCGACCGACUUCCAGCGCGGCACCGGCUUCGUCGAGCAGAUGGACCUGCACGAAGAGUCGACCACAGUCCGCGAGGCGCUCGAAUUUUCCGCCCUCCUCCGCCAGAGCAAGGAGACGCCGCGCGCCGACAAGAUUGCCUACGUCGACAAGAUUAUCGACCUACUCGAGAUGCAGCCCCUUGAAGACGCCAUUGUCUUUUCCCUCGGCGUCGAGCAGAAGAAGCGGCUGACGAUUGGCGUCGAGCUCGCCGCCAAGCCGUCCCUGCUGCUCUUCCUCGACGAGCCCACGUCCGGGCUCGACUCCCAGUCGGCCUUUUCCAUCAUCCGCUUCCUGCGCAAGCUGUGCGCCGCCGGCCAGGCCAUCAUCUGCACCAUUCACCAGCCCUCGUCGGAGCUCAUUGAGCAGUUUGACCAGAUCCUCGCGCUGAACCCGGGCGGCAACGUCUUUUACUUUGGUCCCGUUGGCGAGAAUGGCAGCGCCGUCGUCGACUAUUUUGCCGCACGCGGCUCGCAGUGCCCCGACGGCAAGAAUGUCGCCGAGUUUCUGAUUGAGCAGGGUGCCAAGCCAGCAGGCCGCGCAUUCUGGAACGAGCAGUGGCUGCAGUCGGACCAGAACAAGACGCUGACCGAGGAGAUUGCGCGCAUCAAGCGCGACCGCAGUGCGGCCGCGGCCCAGUUGCAACACGCGUCGGGCGGCGCGGCCAGGCAGGACGAGUUUGCCGCGUCAGUGUAUGAGCAGACGACGCUCCUGACCAAGCGCAUGUUUAUCAAGCAGUGGCGGCAGCCCUCGUACGUGUACGGCAAGUUCUUCGUCGCUGUUCUCAUUGGCAUCUUCAACGGCUUCACCUUCUGGCAACUCGGCAACACGGUCGAAGACAUGCAGAGCCGCAUGUUCACGUCCUUUCUCGUCCUCCUCUUUUUGCCGGCCACCAUGAACGCCGUGCUGCCCAAGUUCUUCAUGGACCGCGCGCUCUGGGAGGCGCGCGAGUACCCCUCGCGCAUCUACGGCUGGGUCGCCUUUUGCUCCGCCUCUAUCCUCUCCGAGAUUCCCAGCGCCGUCAUCUCGGCCGUGCUCUACUGGAUUCUCUGGUACUACCCGACCGGCCUGCCGACCGACAGCUCCACGGCCGGCUACGUGUUUUUGAUGACGCUCCUCUUCUUCCUUUUCCAGACGAGCUGGGCGCAGUGGAUCUGCGCCUUUGCGCCGUCCUUUACCGUCAUCAGCAACGUGCUGCCCUUUUUCCUCGUCAUGUUUUCCGUCUUCAACGGCGUCUUUGUGCCGUACGAGCAGCUCGCCGUCUUCUGGCGCUACUGGAUGUACUAUGUCAACCCGUCGACGUACUUUGUCGGCGGCGUUCUCUCGAGCACCCUCGCCCACCAGCAAGUGCGCUGCGCCGACAGCGAAGCGGCGCACUUUACGCCGCCGUCGGGCAAGACGUGCGCAGAGUUUGCCGGCGACUUCGUCGUCAAGGCCGGCCGCGGCUACUUGAUUGACCCCAAUGCCACCGACAUGUGCGGCUACUGCCCGUACGCCGACGGUACCCAGUACCUGGCAUCUCUUCACAUCGAGCCCAGCCAGAAAUGGCGCGAUUUUGGCAUUUUUCUUGCUUUUUGUAUCAGCAACUGGGCGCUGGUCUACUUCUUCAUCUACACGGUGCGCGUUCGUCGCUGGUCGUUUGGGUUUAACUACUUAUUUAAAUGGUUUUAA